ACUCCUUACGUCCUUUUUAAUUUGCAGAUCUACACGUGUUUACGUGUGGACUCUGCAAGUCUUUAUUAUAAACAAAAAUAGGAAUAAAAUAGAUCAAAAUGAGUUUAUACAACUUUAAGAAGAUUGCUGUAGUUCCUACAGCCAAGGACUUUAUUGAUAUAAUACUAUCAAAAACACAACGUAAAACGCCAACAGUUGUGCAUAAACAUUAUAAAAUAACACGUAUACGUGCAUUUUAUAUAAGAAAAGUAAAAUUUACACAACAAAAUUUUCAUGAUCGUUUGUCGAGGAUUAUUCAGGAAUUCCCAAAACUUGAUGAUGUUCACCCAUUUUAUGCUGACCUGAUGAAUGUACUCUAUGACAAAGAUCACUACAAACUUGGUUUGGGUCAGCUCAACACCGCACGGCAUCUUAUUGAUAAUGUUGCAAAAGAUUACGUCAGGCUGCUCAAAUAUGGAGACUCUCUAUACCGUUGUAAACAGCUCAAAAGAGCAGCCCUGGGUCGGAUGGCCACCAUUAUGAAAAGACAAGGCGCCAAUCUUACAUAUUUGGAACAGGUCCGACAACACUUGGCGAGGUUACCUUCUAUAGACCCGUAUACAAGAACAAUCAUCAUUUGUGGCUUCCCCAAUGUUGGCAAAUCCAGUUUUAUCAACAAGAUCACAAGAGCAGAUGUAGAAGUACAACCGUACGCAUUUACAACAAAGAGCUUGUACGUAGGACACACUGACUACAAAUACCUUAGGUGGCAGGUGAUAGAUACUCCUGGAAUCCUCGACCACCCGCUGGAGGAGCGCAAUGUGAUUGAGAUGCAGGCGGUGACUGCACUCGCGCAUUUGCGUGCAGCUGUGCUCUACUUCAUUGACCCCUCCGAGCAGUGCGGACACAGCAUUGAGGAACAGAUAUCACUAUUUGAGAGUAUAAAGCCGUUGUUCAGCAACAAGCCGCUGAUUGUGGUGAUGAACAAGAUGGACGUGGUGAAGCCGGAGGAGCUGCCGGAGGGCAAGAGGCAGCUCAUCCAGCAGCUGGAGGAGGUGUGCGCUAAGGGCAAUCUGGUCAACGUGGAUUCAAACUCAGAGUUGCGCACAGUGCCGGUGAUGCGCAUGUCCACUGUCACGGAGGAGGGAGUGCAGGAGGUGAAGAUUGAAGCCUGCGAGCGUCUGCUCUCACAUCGCGUCACUGAGAAGAUGAGGACCAAGAAGGUGGACGGUAUCCUGAACCGUCUGCACGUGGCGGUGCCGGCAGCACGGGACGGCAAGGCGCGCCCGGCUGUGAUCCCUGCCGCCGCCGCCGCGCGUCUGCAGCAGCGCGCCAACAAGGAGAACAGGAAGCGCAAGCUCGAGAGAGAGAUCGAACUCGAGCAAGGAGACGACUACGUGCUCGAUCUGCAGAAGAACUAUUCCGAGAUCCCGGAGGAGGAGCGACACGACCCCAUCCCCGAGUUCUGGGAGGGUCACAACAUCGCUGACUACAUCGACCCAGAUAUAUUCGACAAACUGGCCGAGCUGGAGAAGGAGGAGGAGGUGCGGGAGGCGGGCGGCAUGUACGCCGUGCCCAAGAUUGAGCUGGACGAGACCAUGCGCGAGAUCCGGCAGCUCGCCACACAGAUACGCAACAAGAAGGCGAUCCUGAAGGACGAGUCUCGGCUGACGAAGCAGUCGACGAAGCCUGUGAUGCCGCGCACCAGUCGCGCGCGAGCACGAGACCGCUCCACCAACAAGCUCAGGGACGAGAUGGAGAAACUGGGUGUGGACAUGUCGGAGACGAAGGAGGCGCACUUCACACGCACACAGUCGCGGUCGCGGUCGCGGUCGCGCUCUCUGUCCGCCCCCGCGGCGAAGCGCGCGCGCACUGACCGCACUGACCGCACUGUCUCCCGCCCGCCCAGAGACACGCAGGGUGUCAAGGAUGUCGCUAUGCAAAAGAGAGCAAAGAAGAUGGCGCACGUUGCGAUCGCGAAGAAGACGAAGAGGAUGGGUCUGAAGGGAGAAGCGGAUCGCUUCAUCGGCACCAAGAUGCCCAAACAUCUGUUCGCGGGCAAGCGCGGUGUCGGCAAGACGGACAGGCGGUAACCGAUGUCUACCUAUGUUGUUAUAUUACUUAUGUACUCUCUUUAUAUUUCAUUAAAGUUCACUAAACACAUAGAAUUGGAUAUUUCAGUCAAUAAACAAUUGUACAAACAUUAUAAAAGUGUAAAAGCUCAACAUUUUCGUAAGGAUUACAGUUUGUUAUCCAUUUUAUUAAAGGAAUAAAGUUGUUUUAAACCAUA